AUGGACCAAAGCAUGGCGGUAGGGUGCAUGAAGCACGGAGACUGGCUGGAGAUUGACUGUCGGGCAGCUGAUGUAGCUUCUAGCCGCUUGAUGUCUGAGCAUUUCUCCAGGACAGACAGAGUCCUGAAGCACCAGCGGAUGUGCAACGGAAACCGGAAGACGAACGACAUGGACGCUAGAGAUGAGCGGUCGGUCGGUUGCUCACGUCCCGAGAAAAGCAGGCACAAGUCCAACGAAAGGCCCCGGCUUCCGGUAAACCUUCUGCAGAACAUCGAACGGGGCGAGACGGGCGAGGAACUUGGGCCGGUCAGAAGGGAGUCCCCAUCACUCCGCUCGCAGUGCUCCACGGUGAAGGGCGGGCGCGAGUUUUCGGCGGAGCGCCCCGAUUCGCCGGUUGGUGGCGGCUGUCUGGCCGAGGCGCCCGCCUCUGAGGUGGACCGCUCCCGUAACCUGGUCCUGAAGAAGAUGGCGAGCGGAAAGACCUGGGAGAGGCCCGCAGGCCCGCAAGACGACUCGUCCCCUUGGUCCUCCUUUGAUGACGGGAAGGUCGGCAGGCACACCUUUCGGCUGGUGGACACGCCGGGGUUCGGACCCGAAUGUCGUGACCUGGAUGCAGUGACCGUGGGCCGCCACCAGGGGGAGCCGAGCAAACCGGCAGCAAGCGGCGCCAGCUAUGAUGAUGCCAUGCAGUUCCUGAAGAAGAAGAGGUACCUACAGCCCGGUGCUCCCGGCUCUGCUCAGGACUGCGCACUGAACGUGACGAUCGGUCAACAGGCAUCUGCUGGAGCAGGCAUCAGCAGCCAUGGCCCAACCACCUGCGUUUCAGCUUCUCAGACCACAAAGACUGAGAUCAAGUCUAUCCAGGACAAACAUAUCCUGUCCGACAAGGUCCUACAGACCCUCCUAGACCACUACUCCAACAAGGCCAAUGGGCAGCCGGAGGUCUCCUUUUGUGUGGCUGGCACCGUGUCAGUCAGUUCAGCUCAUGCGCGCGUGGACAGCCAUGUUAAGGCCCUGGGGACAAAUUCCCACGCGCCCCCUAGUGGCAAUGCCACCAUGUUGCAGGAGUACUCCAAGUUUCUCCAGCAGGCUCUGGAAAGAACUAGCCAGAAUGACAGUUAUUUGAAUGCGCACGGUCUUCCCUCUGUUGCCAAAGGCCAGUCGCGUUCGAACCCGCUAGAAUUCUCUGCCCCGGACAUGCAUCACGCCUCCGCUGGCCGUGCGCCCUCGGGCAUGCACUCGUCCCUGAGGUCGUCCUCGGAGAAAGCGCGCUUCGGACUCCUCGACGGCGACUCCGGGCGUUCGUUCUCGUUUUCGGGCGAAGAAACGGACCCGUCUUCUGUCUCCUCAACCGAGGACUUCCUGGAACGGGUAGCCCCUCGAAGAAGGUGCGACGGUCCGGUGAUCAGCCCGCCUUUUCCGAUGGCCGCCUUCGAGCAGAACAUUCAUUCUCAGUUCUCCGGCUGUGGAUCCGGGCUGUCCUCCCUGUUUAGCGUUUCCGGUGGGGCAGUGGAUCUGCACGGACAUGAGGGUGGCACAGAUCUCCCAGGGUACCCUCUAGCCGAUGUGGCCGAUGGCAGAACUCGACCAAUCUCAUCUCUGGAUUCUACGGACAGCCAAAUCUAUACUUGA